AUGGUAUAUCAAUUCUGUGCACUUACAUAUGGAGAAAAUUUUUUUAAAUUUUGGAAGAGGGAAAGCCAUAUGUGGAGGACUAGUCUAGGCCUCCCGAUUAACUCGUGUUGUAUUACUACUGCUUUCAGAUGGUGGUCCAAGGACACAGUUGCCAUCGUCACAGGAGCAAAUAAAGGCAUAGGGUUUGCCCUCGUGAAAAGAUUUGCAGAGUUAGGGUUAAGCGUGGUUUUGACAGCCAGAGAUAAUACUAGGGGGCUUGAAGCUGUGCAAUCACUCAUGGUUCAAGGCCUUCAUGUUCACUUCUUUCGCCUUGAUGUAACCGACCCAUCAUCUAUCAAAACCUUCAUUUCAUGGUUCAGAGAAAAAUUUCAAGCAUUGGAUAUUCUUAUGAGAUAA